CCCGCAGACACUGAACGUAUGGGUGUAAUAUAAACACAAAUCAUAUUAUGGGAAUGCUCGUGGCUCCCUGAGAGGCUUCAGUCCCGCAGCCCGGUGUGCGUGCGUGAAGGGGGGGCUGGACCAGAGAGAGAGAGGUGCAGACAGACUGCACACACAGCAGAGACAGAGGACAGCAAGAGAAACAACUCCGGCGACACCUGCAAACAAAAACCUCCCCAACAGACUCUGUCCAGGAGCGAAGAGGACGAAUGAAGCCGAGACUAAAGAGUGGUGCGGAAUAAACAUGUGAAAAGUGUUAGAAUGUGUUAAGCGGGAAAGAAGAAGAAGUUUGUUUUAAAGGUAACAAGUCGAGUUGUGUUGACGAGCCGAGGGGCUGCGAGCUGAGAGAGAGAGAGAGAGACGACAGCAGGCAUCUGGUGGAUGGAGAGAAAAUGGAGCUGGACAGAAGAGAGGUGCCUCUGUAUGGACUAGUGGAGGCCCGUGUGAGGUUACAAGCCAACGCUCCUGAAGAUGCAGAGUUUUAUGUUGUUGUACAAGGCUCUAGACUUACACAUGUGACUGCAGCAAAAAGAGGAGAUGAUGGGCUCACCCUCUGCUUCACAGUUCCUGGCCAUGCCAUUGUGGAAGCUGUCUCCGUCACAUCCUAUUUCUACACAGAGGACCAAGUCAAGCCAUGCGAGGGUGAAGCAUCUCUUGAAUAUCUCAGGGACGUUGCUCAGGAGGUUGCAGAGUACCUGAGUGCAAACAGGGACCAGCUCAGUCCCCAGAGCUACCUAGAAGUCCUGGAGAGGUUUUCCACGUGGGCGGAGGCAGCUGACGAGGACUGCAAUGAGGAGGACGUGCGACUCAGACAAAGUUCGGGUGAUGAAGCUGGUCUCAGGCAGCUGGAUGAGAAGAUCGCACAGGCUAUGGCCAACAUGGAUUACCCUCAGCAGUGGAAAAACACAGAGGGCCAGCCUAGAGAAGCUUCUGAUCUUCAACCCAAAGAAACCCUCCUUCACCUCGCAGUGCGUUUGGGUUUGGUCCAUCUCUCUCGCUUCUUGAUUCACCAACCGAGAGGUCAAAGGGCAUUGACCUUACCCAAUCAGGAGGGAGACACGCCCCUUCAGCUUGCUCAGAGGGACGGACAGCAUGCCAUGUUCAGGACGCUGGCAGCUCCUGCAGUCGGCCCUGUUCCAGGUGUGCGGUGCGUGUGGUCCGACAGCUCCUGCAUGCUGCGCUUUUGUCCCUGGAUGGACUCCCUGACCCUGACUAUGUGGCAGACACCCGGAAGCUGCCCUGAGGACGGCAUUGUGAUCCUCCGAGACAGACUGGGAGACCACAGCAUCCUCAAACUGAUCAAUGUGCUCAAAGCUAAUAGUGAGACAGACAAGAGAGGCGAAGAUGAAUUUGUUCCUAGUGGUGAAGGCAUUAGCAAGGAGCUGCAAGUGGAAGAUCAGGCGCUAGUGGACAAUGUUUUUGAAGAACAGCUUGUUCUGUCUUUGGACGAUGACGAUGAUGGAGAAGAGUACCCAUCCUUAUUAUCUGUAAAUGGGCAUCCCAUGCAGUCCAGUGGAGUCCAGAGCCAGUUCACCCAGAGUGCUACAGACCCUCUGCUCUCCAUGACCAACAGCAGCGAUCAGACCAUCACACAGCAGACACAGGGGGAAGAUACCGACAUCCAGUACCACAUCGGUGGAGUGACCAGGGACAGCACAGGGACGGACAGUGGGUUAUGGGACACGGUAGACCCAGAGGAUCUUCUGCCGACCACUGACACUCCUCCAGAAGAUUUCUACCUUCCCUCUGAACCCUCCUCUACCCCACUCUCACCAGCUGACCAGGCCCUCGCCAGGCUCAACCUUUCCACCUCAUCAGAGCUGACCAAUCAGAGAGAAGAUCCACCCAUGGACACCUGCGACCUCAGUCCCAGUCUUGUGGCUCUGGAAUUGGACAGUGAAGAGGACAGCACUGAGCCAAGGUCUCGGCUUUCCCCGCUCUUGUCAGAUGUCGAGAAAAGUGACGACAAAAGGGAAACCUGUCAUCCCUCCCCUGACCUUACUUGCACUCGCAGCCAGUCUGCCUCCUCAGCAUGUGAACCCACCACAAAAGAACUAGGUGACCAGGGGAUUCGACUGCGUUCAUAUUCCUACUCUUCCCCCAAAAUCAGUUUGCGUCCUGCACGUUUUGCCCGGGACAACAGCACUUCAGAUAUCAAUCCUGAUGCCGUGCUCCACAGUGUCAACCACAGCCGAUCUCUCCUUCAGGCCCUCUCUCUGUCUAAAUCUCUGUCUCUGCUCCACCCUGGUAAACAAAGAACCUCCAGUAUAUCAGAGCAGUCACAUGAAAAAAGGGAGAUUAGGUUCCGUAAGCGAGCCCAAUCUGCUGAUGAUGAGGGCAGCAUGGAGCUGGCAGAGUCCCUCCAACAUCUCACCCUGUCUGAGUUCCUCAAAGAAAUCGAAGAGGAGGAGUUAGAUAAAUACAACAUCCCGACAAAGGUGGAGUCAGAGAAGUACAAAGUCAUUCGCACUUUCAGUUUUCUCAAGAGCAGGAUGUCCAGUACACGCAACAAGACCAAGGGGAAGGGGAAGGACAGAGAGCUGAAUGGACAUCGGUUUAACACGGGCGCAUGUUUAGGGCCCACCAUGUGUGUGAUCUGUGAAAAACCAGCAUCUGGAAAGGACCUGCUGCAUUGCUCCAGUUGCACUACUAUUGUUCAUAAAGGCUGCAAGGAAUCUGUCCCCCCGUGUUUGAAGAAACUUCAGGAUAAGUACUUGGUUACCAUGGUGAAGAACAGGACAGCAUCCCUCCCACAGAAUUUCACAGUGAGAGACAGUCCUCCUCAGUGUGUCAUCCCCGUCUCUACAUCUCUACCUGUCAUGACCAACAAGGAGAAGAAAGACACUGCGCCCCAGUCAUCUCCUCUCUCUGGGAUUUUCCCAAUCAGUGACAGUCGUCUCAGUGAGGGUUCAGAGACGGAGUCUGAUCCCUCAAGGGUGACCAGCCGAUCAGAAGAACUCCUGCCGACUCCAGUGUCCUCCACCUCCACUGACUCAUCCAUCGCAGAAGACUGCGUCGAUGCGUAUAUCCAUAGCGACAUGUCGGCUGAUGCUGUGGAUUACGAGGCUGAGUCAUGGAGUCUGACAGUAGAGCACAAGUUCUGCAAGAAGCAGGAUAAACGAGCUGUCAAGAGGCAGGAUGUUAUCUAUGAACUGAUGCAGACGGAGCUCCACCACCUACAGACGUUACACAUCAUGGCCGAGGUUUUCCGGAGAGGUAUGAGGGAGGAAGUGCAGCUGGACACAGAAGCGGUGGAGCGGGUCUUCCCCUGUCUCGACCAGCUGCUCCUCUUCCACCAUGCCUUCUUUGCUGCCAUGAAGGAGCGGCGCCACAGCUCGGCCCGGCCGCAGGGACACCGGAACUACCUCAUCCAGAGAAUAGGAGACGUCUUGCUCCAGCAGUUUUCAGAUGAGAAUAGCGAUAAAAUGAAGCAGGUGUACGGAGAGUUCUGCAGUCAUCACAACGAAGCGGUCAGCUUCUUCAAAGAGCUCCAGCAGCAUAACAAAAGAUUUCAGAACUUCAUCAAGCAACAAGGUAAUAAUCUGUUGGUGAAACGGAGGGAGAUCCCAGAAUGCAUCUUGCUGGUAACCCAAAGGAUUACAAAGUACCCAGUGCUGCUGGAGAGGAUCCUACAAUAUACUCAAGAAGAAACAGAAGAGCACGUCGACCUCUCGAAAGCCCUGGCUCAGAUCCGAGAGGUGAUCGCAGCCGUGGACCUGAGUGUCAGUGAAUACGAGCGGCAUCAGAGGUUACAGGAGGUGUGGAACCGCAUGGAGAACCGCAGCUCAGCCAAACUGAAAAACGGCCACACCUUUCGCAAGCAGGACAUGAUGGGCCCGGGGCAAACGCUCAAACACCAGGGCGUGCUCCUGUGGAAGACCGCCACCGGUCGCCUCAAAGAUGUGCUGGCACUCCUUCUCACAGACACACUCAUCUUCCUGCAAGAGAAAGACCAGAAAUACACAUUUGCCACGGUGGAUCAGAAGCCUCCAGUCAUCGCCCUGCAGAAGUUAAUAGUGCGAGAAGUAGCAAAUGAAGAGAGAGGGAUGUUUUUGAUCAGCGCAUCAGCCGCCGGGCCAGAAAUGUACGAGGUCCACACAUCAUCCAAAGAGGAACGAAACACUUGGAUGAGGCUCAUUAGAGAGGCUGUAGAGAGCUGUCCGGAGGAAGAAGAGGAAUACACGAGUGAGUCUGAAGAGGAGAAACGAGCUGCAGAGGCUCGUAUUCAGAAGAUCCAUAAGUUCCAAGAGAUUCUGACGAGCCGAGACCAGCAGAUCUGCUCCAGCCUGGAGGACAAGCUGCAGGUCUACGCAGAGCUCUCUGCCCUGAGUGGGAGGACGGACGCUUCGCUGGUCGAACCUCAACUGCUCGUCCAGCCGCUGUCAGAGGAGCCGCCCCAGGCCUCUGUAUUGCUGGCUGCAGCUCUGCAAGAAGCUGAGAACCUGAAAGCCACACUGACAUCCAAGGCCUGUUUUCCAUCGAGUCCCAGCCCGGACUCGGACACAGACUCUGUGUUUCCUCCCAGCCCUGCCGCGCUUGUGCAACCCCCCUCAGACUCUGAGGCCUCACCUGAAAGCCCCGAGGCCAGUGAAGGGAGCUGGACUGAGGCGCUAGUGCUUCAAUCCUCAACUCCUGUGCAAAAAACGGACACGAGCGACAUCGACUCCAAGGUUGCCCAAAGUGUCCAGAGCCUGACCCAGUUACUCUACAGUCUGCAGGCUACAGUGACCAUCCAGGACAGCUGCUUUGAAGUCCAGAAACUCCUCCUCCAAGAGACUGGGCGCCCGUCCCCCCGUGCCCAGCGGCCGCACCUUUCAAGCAUCCGGGGUAACACCCUACAAGAACAGGAGAAGCAGCGGAACCUGGAGAAGCGAAAGGAAGAGGUGGUGGCGGCUCAGCGGCUCCAGGACCGAUUGCGCCAAGAAAAGGAACGCUGGCAGAGGGAGUGCCAGGCCAGGGAGAGCCAGCAGGGGGAGCAGGAGAGCAGGCUGGAGGAGAGGGAGAGGCAGUGCCACCUGGAGGCGGAGAGGCUGAGGCGCGAGAGGGAAGAGUUGGAUGAGCAGUUGGAGGAGUACCAACAGAGCCUGGAGCGGCUCAGGGAAGGCCAGAGGAAUGUGGAGAGGGAGCGCGAGCGGUUGGAGCACCAGCAAAAGCUGCUCCAGACCUGGAAGCACAGCCAGCAGAGGAGUCUGCCUGCUGUGCUUCCUCACAUGGUCAUCCCUCUAGAUGGACAGCAGGACCCAUCAGACCACGCCGGUAACGGCUCCGUCUUUGUGAAUGAGGCCGCUUUCGCCGGCACCAGCGUCAACAACCGUCACGUCCACCACAAAAGAAACGACCCCAGCGCGCACAAUUGCCUCAACACCCUGCUGGCAAGAUCCAACAGCAGACAGAGCCCCAGAGCUAAGACACCACACAAUCCACAGUCGGACUCCCAGGGAUGGGUGAUGGGAACGGGAUACCUCUAUAGCCCCGCAGGAAGGCUGGGACUGCAGCACACGCCCAGUGAUCACAACAGUCACAGCUACCUUGGAGAGACCUGGUCGUCGACAGCAAGCGGAGCUGAUCCGUAUCCGGCGCUCCCGCGUCCCACUGACCCUCAGCUGGACCUUACUGCACUAGUUUCCGUGGAGACUGACAGCGGCGGGGAGGAGGGGAGUGAGGAAACCAUUGUGUAUCUCUGAAUGUUGAUACAUUUCAGACUCUAAACAGCCGACCCAGCACUUGGCAAAAGAUAAAGACAUUGAUGGAGCAUCAGGAUUGAAUCCGGGGUUGCUUCAAAAAGCAUUUUUCUCUUUAACUUUUUUUUUUUUUUUUGUGAUGCUUUUUUUUUAUAUUUGAAAGAUUAUUUUCAUGGUAUUUUUUGUAAAGUUACUGGAAACCCACAGAGAGAAACAGAUGAAGAAACUGAGUUUGUUUUAGACUCAGUCUCACAUGUGUCAUGCACCUUAGCUCGAGGCACCACCGGGUGUUCAAUAUCUCUUUGUUUUCAUUUUUUCUGUGUGUGUGUGUGGUCUUUAUUGAAUGGGUCCCUGCAGCAACACCUUUCCCAUUUAUGCCCUCUCUUCUUCGUACUGUCCCUCCCUCGCAGCCCUCCGUUCUCAGGUCCCGCAUGUCUCGUACCUCGAGCACUCUAUUUAUUAAAUUCACCACAAAAGGAAAAAAAGUGUAUACCCAAUAUCAACAAAACGUCUCUCUAGUGGGUGAUUGUGUUGGAGUAAACUGCCCCUCUUUCAUUUAUCAGACAGACUCUGUUUAUGCACAGGCUGAGUAAAACAUGAAGCACAAAACAUUAGGAUUGAAAGAUGAGGUGCGACAGCAUCAGUCCCAUGCUUUUUCAGGCUGCCUGUAGCUAUCGUACAUUUCUUUUUAUCUGAGGCGUGUUUUUUCUUGUUAAGAGAAAUGACUGCAGACGUGGUUUGGAGAGAGAUGUUGCAGCUUUGCUAAUAUGUCACUUUUAUCAGACUGUUAAAGCUGGAGAGAAAGCAUGUUUUGAGCACAACUAUUCCUGUGAAAACAUAGGAAAGCUGUUCUGCCGGGAGAUGAGACAGAAGGAUAACCUGCUAGGCAGACAUUCAUAGUCCCCAGAUGAUAGAUCCUAAUAGUUGUAGUGAUUACAUGACUUUUCCUCAAGUGCCAUCAGGAGUUUGGAAAUGUUUUGACAACUAUCUAACAAAAAAAGAAGCCUCAGCUGCACUUGGCACCUAGUGCGCAUUAGCAAACACCCUUAAGUAAGAUGGUGAACAUGGUAAACCCGCAUUGCAGCAUUCCAGCAAGAAUCCCAUCUUCACUUACAUACAAGCUAUAAAGAGUGAAAUAUAUUGUCCCGUAAUUAUGUUUAAAGGCAACCAGAAUAAUAUAAAGUUGCUGUAUUGAUCCUGUCAUGCUAUUACACUUGAAUAUUCAUGUAAGUAUAUUUAAAUAUGAUCUCUUAUGGGCAUUUUUUUCUGUGUCCCUGUGCCAAUGCUUUCAGUGUCUCUUGAUGUUUUUUUGUUUUUUUUUUACAGACAAUACAAAAAAUACAUUGUUUAAUUACUGUUGUAGUUUCCUAAUGGGACAAUAAGGCAGUGGCAGUAUUUUCAUGUGAUUUUAGUACCAUGUAUAUAUGUUUGUGCCUUUUAUUUAUUUAUUACAGUUCAGAGUUUCAAUGUUUUACAGUGCUUUGUGAAGGGUUGUAUUGUACAUAGACGUGUAUUUGUGUGAACAGGUGUAUUUCUAUUCGUUCAUGUUGCGUGCUCAGGCUUGGCUGUAUUGAUUAAAAAUCACUUUUAUUGAA